CUGCGCAACGCUCACUAUUAUCAGUUUGCAGACGAGAGUAAAGGUUACCUGCUUCAACAGUGCUUGAACGGCAACCUUCUACUCUUUCGAAGCAAUUUUUUUUUUUUGAUGAACUUAAUCCCUUUUAAGUACCAAAUUAGAUCAAGCUACACAUAACAUUUCGUAACAUCGUUAAUACGAACAAUUCGAAUCACUCACACCACCACUUCGGACCAGAAAAAACGAGAAACAUGCCUUCUGUGAGACAGAACUUCCAUCAGGACUCUGAGGCUGCCAUCAACCGGCAGAUCAACCUGGAGCUGUACGCUUCCUAUGUCUACCUGUCCAUGGCGUAUUACUUUGAUCGUGAUGACCAGGCCCUACACAACUUUGCCAAGUUUUUCAAGAACCAGUCCCACGAAGAGCGUGAGCAUGCUGAGAAGCUGAUGAAAGUUCAGAACCAGAGGGGAGGGAGAAUUUUCCUGCAGGACAUCAAGAAACCAGAGAAGGAUGAGUGGGUUAGCGGUGUGGAGGCCCUUGAGAGUGCCCUGCAGCUGGAGAAGAGUGUAAACCAGUCCCUGCUGGAUCUGCACAAGGUCUGCUCUGAACACAACGACCCACACAUGUGUGACUUCAUUGAGACACACUACCUGGAUGAGCAGGUGAAGUCUAUAAAGGAGCUGGGUGACUGGGUGACAAACCUCCGCCGCAUGGGUGCCCCGCAGAACGGCAUGGCCGAGUACCUGUUUGACAAACACACUUUGGGGAAGGAGCGCGAAUAGAUAGACCAUCCAUUUUCUUGUUGAGUUCUGUCUUGCUUGAUAGAUCUGACUAGUCUAUUUUUGUCAGGGACUGGCAUCAAUAAAGUUUAUCCUUAAAUCCUUAGUUUGCACUAAGCUUCAACCUCCAGUUCCUAUAAGCCAGUAGCUCAUUGCCUCCAAAUUGACUGUAUCCCCUGCUUUUGUUUUGAUGGCAGUUGUUGUGAAAUAAAAACUCUCUGGAUUCUGAUUUCUGUGUGUCUAAAGAUUAGUCUAAAUGGUCAGCAUUCAGAUAGUUAAACUGGUCUGACACAAAAUGGAUGGAAUAAAGACCAUUCAAGAAGCUUGAAUUGAGUGACUAUUGCUUAGAAUGGCACUGAUAUUUCUAAAAUUAUUUAAGCAAAUUCAGCUGAUCCCAUUGCAAUAAUAUUAGUGUGUGCAGGGCCCCAGUGAUUCAAUGCUCUUAAAACCUCUUACGUCCACCUGAGACGCAGACGUCCCAACACCCAGGUGGCUCUGAAAGGCUUUAAUACAGUACACCAAACAUUAGGAACACCUUCCUAAUAUUGCGUUACUGUAUCUUUCAAUGUAUUGAGUUUCAUUCCAAUGCUUUAUCCACCAAUUUCAUUCAAGUGCUUAUGGAUACCUUUGAGUAAAAUUUACUGUCAUGUUUCCAUCCAACCUUAUGUACAUGUAGGAAUGAAGUUUUUUUUUUUUUGUGGCCCCCACAAUUUAAGUUGCUCAUCCCUGUUGUAGGCUAUACCUGCACUGUAUCUGAGCUGUUGGCUUGAGUGCAUGUGUCAAUACCAGAGUGGGCACCUUCGCUAUAUUAACUCAAUUCUAUGUAAAAAAAACAGUUUAAAAUGUGGUGGAAACCAAUUUAACAUUAGUCUGACCUGUGGUCAGACUUGCUCGUGCAGAGCCACCUAUGCUUGUGCCUUUUUUCAAUGCUAAUUUGAAUGUCAUUGAACACGUGUCCCUUUCUCUCAAACAUCCUGAAUUUAAAAGUGAACUUCAAAGUAAUCUAUUGUCAAAAGUAUCUAAUCUGAUUACAAUUUUGCAAACUAAAUGGAUUACACUUAC